AUGUCGGCUCAAACGUCGUCAUUGUCGUCAUCCUCUCGAGCAUUGCAUAGAGAAAACAGCCAUCACGAUGACAAUGAUGGCAAUGCGGUUGUGGUAGAAUUGCAGCACCCAGAAAGCGUGCAAGAAGCGUUAAGACCUCACUGGGACCGUCAUCAACAGGCCCAGGUACACCGAGAUAUGGCGAAGCAAGCCUGUGCUCGCGAAUUGGUCCAAUUGCAACAACAUCACAAACUAAUGGAAUUGCAAGCAGAUUCCCGACGACUGCGCGCCCAAUUGCAACAACUAAAAACCAGUUGUGCCAACAUGGCCGUUCGGGUCGCUUCACAAGCUGUUGAGAAUGAUUCCAAACAAGAAACCUCCUUUGCCUUUGCGGCUCCCACAAUGCACAACAAUUUUUCUUUGGCCCAACACAAUCAGUCCCUCGAACGCUUGGAAGAUGGUCUCUUGCAAACGAGUAUGCAGCAUGCUAUUCAAGUAGCAACACAACAAGUACGAGCCUUACGAUUUCAGUGGGCACGCAAGGCGUUAGCCAUGCAUCGAUUGGUCAUUGAUCCAGAGGAUGUCAAGUCGGCACCCAUUCGCAAAGAAUCAUCCUCGUCCACCGAUUCCACCGAUCCGUCCUCGAUGGCUGCUAAAAAAACACGCUUGCAACGGCUUCAACGCCGAGCCAAAGGAAUUGGUAAAAUUGGAGGCCUUCCUCUGCCUCAUGCCGGACCAGAACUCUAUGGAGUCUUGCCUCCAAGAGAAUUGCAAUCUGCUUUGAGACUCGUAGCUUCUGUCACUUGGACAGUAGCACGAUGUCUCGGAAUUAUAUUGCCACAUCCCAUCUUGUUGACACCUCAUGGCACAGCUGGAGACAUUGCUCAAAGUCAUCUUCAAGCUAGUGACAAUCGACAAACGACGCGAAAACCACCCAAGCUGUCAUCAUCGAGCCAAAAGAGUACUCAUGCAAUUCCUCAAACAGCUCCAACACUGACAUCUGCAGCAACUUCGGUCGCUACUUCUGCGGCCACUUCGGCAGUCUCACUUCUCUCGUCAGCAUCUUACUUUGGCUCCUCGCUCUUGAAAAAGGGAGCCAAAAAGGCAUACUCCAAGGCAACCGGCUAUGAAUAUUCGAGCAGCAGUCGGAGUAGUAACGGCUAUUAUUCCCAAGGCAAUACUGGCAGCACCACCAGGCGACCUUCAACUAGCAGCUUGGACAGUCGAUACACGUCCAACUCUUAUUCCACUUCCAAUUCUUAUCCCUACUCUUCCAGUAUUUCAUCAACCUCUCACCCGCAGCAUGGACAACCAACCAUUGCCACCAUUCCAUCCUCAUCGGCUUUAUCCCAGGACCGACAACACUUGUCUCAACGGAUUCAUCACGCCACUGCUGCUGUUUUGAGCGAAGAUGUUACGAGUAGUGCUUCUGCCUUUACCUUGUCCCCACUACCGGAAGUGGCCAAGGAAGAAGACUUUGCCAUUGCUUUACAGCUUUUGCAAAACAACAUUAUUUGCUUGUGCAUACGAGCAGGGGUUCCAGUCUCGCAAUUGUGGCCGGCGGAAGCCAUUUUACUGAAUCUGUACGCUCUGGAUUCGUACUGCCAGCAACAGAUUGCGGUGGAUUAUUAG